CAUCAUUCUUCUUCAAUACAAGCAAAUCCACAAAAUGGCACCACUUCAGCUCGGUAUCGUCCUCUACGACUUCCAGCUCCUCGACGUCGCUGGCCCAGUCGACCUCCUCAUCUCCGGAUCCAAAGUCAUGCUAAGCACCAUUAACCGCGAUGGAUUCAUCCCAGACGACAUGGUAGACCAGGGCAUUGACAUCAACUUCCACUAUAUCGCCCCGACCAUGGACACCGUGACUCUCAUGAGCGGCUUCAAGCUGCAACCAACCACCACCUUCGAAAAAUGUCCCAAGCUCGACGCAAUCCUCCUGGGUGGCCCUGGCCCCGAUUUCUGGAACAACAUCCCCGACUCCUACCGCGAAUUCCUACACCAGAAGGUGGAUGAGGUCCAAUAUUUCUUCACCACCUGCACGGGUGCUAUUGUGGCCGCUAAGGCUGGCUUGCUCCGCGGUAAGCGCGCGACAACCAAUAGCGAAUUCCUUGAGUACAUCAAAGAGGAGUGUCCCGACACUACCUGGGAAACGGCUCGUUGGGUAAUCGAUGGCAAGUUCUGGACUGCGGGUGGUGCCUUUGCGGGAAUUGAUAUGUUCGAGCAUUGGCUUGAGGGCAGGAGGAGUGAUGCUGUGGUUACCUUGUCUCGUUCUAGCCUUGCGUAUCAGCCCAGGGAUAUCAAUGGUAAGGAGAUUCGUCAGUUGGGGCCAAACUGGGUGGUCGGGAGAAAUUAGACUGCUUGUGGAUUUUGAAUGACCGGUUGAUGUUUGUGAAUGGAGAGUUUAGUAUAUACAAUAUGGAAAGGCCUGAAACUGCUUUAAGUGUAGCUGAUGUCCUGGGAAGUGUCUAUCCAUUGCUCUCAGGGUAGCUCUGAUAGAAACUCAUUAGUGAACAACAUUUCAAGGUCGAUCUCUAUGUCAUCUGCAGGAAUUGAGGUUUGAUAUGCAUCCCAGAACUCUGUCCCUUGAAUACCAGACAAAACCGGACAUCGCUUCAUUCCGGGCUGCGGUUCAGAAUUCACAGCUGGAGGUAGGCCGUGGUCGUAAGUUGCCGCGAGGGGAAGAGGGCAGAGUAAAUCUAAGACAGACUUGAACAGAUAAAACAUAUCAGGGAAUUCUCCGGGGUUCCGGCCAGACUGUGAAAGCUUUUCCAUACGAUUCGCCAAGCAUUCAAGGUACCUGGUUAGGGUCCGAGAUUCUUCUCCAACCGCUGCAAUGAUGCCUGGCAGACCAGCUGCA